UAUACACACACACACACACGCAUGCAUAUAUUGGAGAAAAUGUUUAUAUUUACAUAUAAACUAUAUAUUCAUUUGAUAGAAAUAUAUCAAUAUCUAUGUGAUGACAUGGUUUUAUUUCUAUGCAUGUGUGUAUGUAUCAUGUAUAGAUUAUAAACAUAUGUAACACACACACAUUUAUUAUGUCAAAACAAGCUGUUUUAUUUUAAGUGCAAUUAAUCGCCAUGAAUCUCUGCUGUUUAUGUUGGAUCUGACUGAUUUCUGAAGUAUUAUGAACUCUUCUGUUGCCUUCACCAGAGAUUAAACUAAAGCAAUAACUAGUUGUGUUUCUUGAAGACGUGUAAUGUACAGUCGCAUUAAAUCUGAGCAUCGUUUUACCUCAUUCUGACGUGUAAUUUGACAUUUUUUACUUUACUGAUGACCAAAGCAGAACGCAGCAGGUUCGAGGCCAAAGCCAAUGCACUUUUACUCUUGUUCAACACUAAUGAAAUUCCUCACUAAUCUGCUUUUAAUGCCGGCGCAGGAUUGAGUGUGUUUUCAGGGUCUUGUUUCGCAAAUGACACACAUUUAGAGUUCGCACACACACACACUCUAGUCUUCCAUUUAAAGGGACGGUACACCCAAAAAUAAGUCAUCAUUUGCACACUGUUUGAGUUUCUGUUGAGCACAGAGUUUUACUGGAGAAAAACAUAGUAUUUUUAGUAUUAGAGUAUAUUCUUUUGUGUUCAGCAGAAGAAGAAACUUAUUAUGGUAUAUUUAUUUAUUUUGGGGUGUACUGUUGCUUUAAGAAGCCAUCUGAUAUUAUUAAGAAGUGUUUUGUCAAUGAUUUGUAUGUUGGUUAUGUGUUUUUCUGUGCUCUUCUUUAAAGGGAAAUGCAAACACACAUGUACUGUAAUCUCCUACUGUAUUUGAAGCAAUGUGUAAUAUAGGAUUUUGUAUUUCUGUUGAGUUCUGAUGAUGAUUAUAGAGAUGUUUCUCUAUUAAAAAUACUCUUUUGCUCAGCCUGUGGGUUUUAUUACUGUGGAAAGUUGUUGGUGAAGGUUUUACAGUGUUUUAACUCAUAAAUGCUUUAGUUUUUUUCUAGUCAGUCUGAAUUUUGGGAAGGUUUAACCCAUGCAAUUGCAAAAAUGGGCAUAAAUUAAAUUAAUAUAUUAUAAUGCAUAGUUUUAUCAUUUAAUUUAACUUUAAAAAUGAUUAAAAUCUCAUAAUACACCAAGUUUUCUUGCAGAUUUUCUUCAUACAUGUAUAGUUUGUCAAAUUGUGUGACUUUUCUUUAAAGGUAAAUGGUUAACCAUGGUUUAGCAUAGUUUAACCUUGGUAUCUGUAGUAAAGAUGUGCUUAAAUAUUGUUACUAUACUGAUUGUUUUCUGAUAUAGUCAUAUUUUGGACGCAUUGUGAGUGUUAAAUGCGCUGUUUUGAAACGCACAACAACAUAAACACACGUUCAUUUCUAGAAGUUCAGACGCGAUCUCACACGGUGCAUAAGUGGGCGUGGUUUACAAAGAACCACCGUCUUCCUAUUGGUCAAGCAAGAGCUCGCUGCUCCGUCAUUGGUCCGUCGCUGUUACUGGAAAAAAGAAACUGCGUUCAUUGUGGCUCCAGUGUUCAGAGGUUAGUCCGUGCAGCAUCUUAAGAAUCCCCGAGCCAACAUGGCCGCCGGACAUAUCCAGUUUCUCUCACCGUUUUCCACGAAAACAAGUUAAAAAAGUAGGAGUGUAGCGUCACAUGACCGCUGAAGGCAGUUCCAAUAUGGUGGUCAGCCUGGCGGAGCUGCGUCUCCCGGUGAUCGUGUCGUUGCUGUGCGGCUUCGGAGCCUGCAGUGUCCGGGAAGCGCGGGUGUUCGGGCUGCGGCUGGAGGACGGCGGACAGCAAGUGUUUAUGCGCCAGCGGACCAUCGUAGCUCCGCGAAACACCGUUUUCAGGAUCAGAUUGUUCGGAUCAUACCUGUCCAACGACAGCUGGCCGUGGGUCGCGUUCGCCGCGGCAAAAGCAGGUUCGGUUGACCCGUGCGGGCCGGAGGAGAACCGCAAAAACACAGCGUUUCAGGUAAACGGAGGAUUCGUGUCUGACGAGGAGAACAGCGGGUUCCUGGAGGUCCACACUGAAGCUGAGAAGAAAGAUGCAGGUUUCCAUCAUCUGUGCGUCUUAAAGGGCCAGUCCUGGGAGUCUGUGGGCUCGGAUCAGCUGCUCGUGCAGGACCCGGAUGUAGCGUCGGAUUACAUACCGCGGUGGGGUUUGGUACUUGUGGUCGCGCUUUUAGUGCUAAUCUGUGCAGUGGUCAGGUGUUUAAAUCUCAGUUUACUGUGGCUGGACCCACUGGAGCUUUACGUUCUCCACAGCUGCGGUUCUGAGGAUGAAAAACACGCGGCCAAGCGGCUCAAGCCCAUUCGCAGGCGAGGAAACGUUUUGGUUUGUUCGUUAUUGUUCCUUUGCGCGCUAGGUCAAUCAGUGCUUGGUGUGUUUCUGUAUCGUCUGUAUGAGUCCAUCCUUCCUGCGGUGUUCACCAGCGCGUUCCUUCUAUUCCUGCUAGCUGAGCUUCUCCCGUAUGUUAUAUGUUCGGGUUAUGGGUUCGAGAUGGCGCCAGGUUUAAUAUGGCUGGCUCAGAUAUGCCUGAUCAUAACGUGUCCGCUGUCCUGUCCUCUCGGCCUCCUGCUGGAUCUUAUCCUCCGCCGGGAUGUCAGCACUUGUGGCAUUCGCGAAAAAACAAUGGAGAUGAUUCGAACUAGCGUAAACGACCCGUAUAACGAGUUUGUGAAGGUGGAGUUCAGCAAAGGGGCUCUCAGGACUAAAACGGUGGAGGACAUCCUGACGCCGCUGAAGGACUGCUUCAUGCUGCCGUCCACUGCCGUACUGGAUUUUAGUACCAUGUCGGAGAUCAUGCAGAGCGGAUACACACGCGUGCCCGUCUACGAGGAGGAGAAAUCCAACAUCGUAGAGAUCCUGUAUGUGAAGGACCUGGCACUGGUGGACCCGGAGGACCGCACGCCCAUGACCACCAUCACCAAGUUCUACAAUCACCCGCUGCACUUCGUCUUCAAUGACACUAAACUGGACGCCAUGCUGGAAGAGUUCAAAAAAGGAAACUCUCACCUGGCCAUCGUGCAGAAGGUGAAUAAUGAGGGUGAAGGAGAUCCGUUCUAUGAGGUUCUGGGUUUGGUGACGCUGGAGGACGUGAUCGAGGAGAUCAUCAAGUCAGAGAUCCUGGACGAGUCUGACGGAUACAUGGAGAUGAAGGUGAAGCGUCCGCCGCCGCUGGAGAUCUCUCUGGAGCAGCGCAGUGUUCAUGAUGACUUCUCCAUCUUCAGGCCUCCAGAAGGGGACAGCAAGAUCCGCACGUCUCCACAGCUGCUUCUCGCCACACACCGCUUCCUGUCCAGAGAGGUGGAGCACUUCAAUCCUCAGCGCGUCUCUGAGCGAGUGUUGUUUCACCUGCUGCGGCACCCCAGCGUCAACCAGGAGGUCAAGUUUGACCCCGCAAACAGACUGAGCGCAGAACACUACCUGUACACCAGAAACCACCCGGUAGACUACUUCAUACUGCUGCUGCAGGGUCGUGUGGAGGUGGAGAUCGGGAAAGAAGGCUUGAAGUUUGAGAACGGCGCCUUCACGUAUUACGGUGUUUCAGCGCUCACCGCUCCAUCCUCAGUCCAUCAGUCUCCAGUGUCCACACAGCGUCAGUCGCCCAGAGAUCCGUUUGAGCUCGGAGACGCCAGCAGCCCAUCCAGCUACUGUCCAGACUACACUGUACGAGCCCUGACCGACCUGCAGCUUAUAAAGGUGACGCGUCUGCAGUAUCUGAACGCUGUGAUGGCGUCGCGUGUUUCUCAGAGUCCAGAACCGCCGGAGAUCAAGAUUCUGCCGAACAGCCAAACUAAACUGCUCAACCAGAAGAACACAGCGCAAG